AUGUUGCGCCUUCCUCGUACCUUCCUUACCCUGCUCGCUUUUGCGACCAUCGCUGUCGCCGCGCCCGCGGUCAGCCAGGUUGCUUCAAGUGUUCCGUCCUCGCCGGCCACAAGCACGGCUGCUAACCUUUCAUUAUCUGCUCCUGCCGUUGGUUCCAGUUCCGCGGUUUCGACUGCCGAUGUGUCUGCCUCGGACGGCGCCUCCACGACGUCAGCCGUCCCCGCUGUCACGCAAACCGUAGCUCCGGCAAGCGAUAACCCUAACACCAUCAUGUGGACGCCCGAUGAUCCACCAAGCGGCGCUGACGCGACCGAGCCGUACCAACCCAUACGGGGUUCGCUCGGGAGUAACAUCAUCGGCCCGCAGAAUGUGCCUAUGCAGCAGCAAAAUGCUGACCUCCUUGCUCCUCCUACCACCGAUCACGGUACUGUUGCAAACUUCAAAUGGCCCUUCAGUCUUAGUCAUAACAGGAUCCAGACUGGGGGAUGGGCCCGCCAGCAGAAUACCGAUGUUCUUCCUGCUGCUACGGAGAUGGCUGCUGUGAACAUGCGCCUCGAAAAGGGCGCGAUUCGUGAGCUUCAUUGGCACAAGACGUCCGAGUGGGCAUACGUUCUGAAGGGUUCGACCCAAAUUACCGCCGUGAAUGCACAAGGCCAAAACUAUAUGGCGACCGUCAACGCCGGUGAUUUGUGGUAUUUCCCUCCGGGGAUACCUCACAGUCUCCAGGCCACUGGAGACGAUGACGAAGGUACAGAGUUUCUAUUGGUCUUCGAUGACGGCGAAUUCAGCGAGGACUCGACAUUCCUUCUCACCGACUGGCUGGCGCAUGUACCGAAGGAAACGAUCGCCAAGAACUUCAAAACGGAUAUUGCUGCCUGGAACAAUCUUCCCGGGGAUCAACUAUAUAUAUUCCCGAGCUCCCCUCUACCGGAAGGGGCCAAGGACGUUGUGUCACCCCAGGGAACCGUACCUGAGCCGUUUUCAUUCCCCUUGUCCCAGGUGAAUGCCACGCAGCUUGCUGGAGGCUCCGUCAAGGUCGUGGAUUCCACCAACUUCAAGGUUUCGACGACAAUAGCCAUGGCCGAAGUCACUGUAGAGCCCGGGGCCAUGAGGGAGCUUCAUUGGCACCCUACUGCGGACGAGUGGGGCGAGGGAGAGAGCCGCGUAACCGUUUUCGCUUCAAGCUCUAAUGCUCGGACAUUCAACUACCAGGCUGGCGAUAUUAGCUAUGUCCCUGCGUCUUUCGGUCACUACGUCGAGAACGUCGGAAACACUACUCUGCGGUUCCUGGAGAUCUUCAACUCCGACCGAUUCGAGGAUGUCAGUUUGAACCAGUGGUUAGCCCUGACUCCGCCGGAGCUGGUGAAGGCCCAUCUUGGGAUUGACGAUGCCACGGUGGCCAAGUUGACGAAGACCAAAGCUACCGUCAUUGGCCCUUCCAAUCCGUCUUGA